UUUCGUCCAGCACGCGUCAGUGGACGCGUCUCGCUAACGGGCGUAGAUAUGGACUAUUGGAGCUCCGGAUCCUCGACAGGCAGCCAAUCUGACUCGGAAUCUCCGGAUUCAGCCCCUCCCGCUCCUCCACAAUCUCUUCCCAAACUCAAGCUCAUUUUGCCCCCUCGCCGCGACCUACAACCGCCACCAGUGAUUCAACAAACUCCACGAGUAACUCCCAACUAUUAUGAACCGCCCAUCGCAGGUCCGUCAAAGAAAUCCAAGUCGUCUAAGCCUAAAACCAAGGGCUCAACAUCCAAAUCCAAAUCGAAGUCCAAGAGAAAGUUCGCAUUCUCUGAAUAUGCGGAUGAGAAGGCGCCACCAAAGCCCGUGAAACUGAAACCAUUGAAGGAGGUACUCGCAAGGCUGCUAGCUAUGCUGAAGAAGAAAGACGAUUACCUCUUUUUCUCGAAGCCGGUGAACGCAUCUCAGGUGCCAGGCUACUCCGAUAUUAUCAAGAGGCCGAUGGACUUUGGCACAAUGUCAAUUAAAGUUCAACGUGGUCGGUAUCGUUCACUAGAGGAGUUUACAGAGGACUUCCGUCUUGUAACUGGCAAUGCAAAGCUAUUCAAUCCCCCCGACAAUAUCUACCACACUGAAGCCGAACGCAUCGAAGCAUGGGGUCUCGACCAAAUUACCAAGGCAGCAUCGACUGUAAUUCAAUACGAAACGGACUGGAAUAUUGAAAUAGAGAAAGAGGACGAUACUGCUGAAGACUACACCGCUGCGUUAGAGGAGGCUGAGAUGGCUGGGCCCGAAAGGAGCAGGUCUCCGUCAAUCGGCCUUGGGUUUCCCGCGCUGGUUUCGACAUCAUUCAGGCGUGGACCUCUGCGACCUCGAGCCGCAAAAGAUAAUGCGAUGGAGACGAACCCCACCGCAGCAGUGAAGGAACUCAUAGAUGCAGAAGGUCGGAUGCCUGGCUCCAAAGAAGGUUUAGGCGCAUUUCCUCCAGGGUCAGCUUGGGCGAGGACAAUGCUGAGCUUGAAGCUGAAAGCGAAGAAAUAUAAGACGAAGAAAGAACGACUGCGAAUAGAGACACAUGGUCCGCCAACACGGACCGACGGUAGUCUAGACUACCGCGCAAUUGAAGACCCUUUUACUCAUCUCUCUGCUCUCGUUCCCGAUCCACUGACCCGGCCUCUACUCACCCCCAUCUUCCCUCCGCCACCACCGAAACCACAAUCGAAUAAUGUUCAUGCAUCUGCCACACCCUCUCGUGACACGCCAGACCCUAUUGGAGAAACCCCAGCUCCAAACAUCACUAACCUCUAUCCUCUUCCAACUCUCUUACCACAAGACCUUCGGCCAACGCCAAUACCAUCUAUUCCAUCAAAUCUGCGUCACUGGACUGUUCAUCGUAAUUUUGGCAAUAGACGACCUCUGGAUCCACCACCAGUGUAUGAGAGAUCAUGGGAGGAGCCUCGUGAGGCCCACAUACUUGACUUUGGCUCUUUCGCCAAAGUCGCGGGUCUAUUGCAUAGCAGGAUUGGUGGCGUCGUUCCCGAGCUCCAUGAUGAGGCGGAAAAGCUGGCUAAGGAUGCCGUUAAAGCUACUGUUGAAGCUCCGCCGCGUCAUUUGUCUACCUUGACCAACGUAUUCGAAGUCCGGGCGACCGAGCCGGAGAAAGAGUAUUGGGGAAAGGAACGGAAAUUGGAAGCAGAAGGUUAUAUAAUCGAUAUGCUUUAUGGUGGAGUUGAGGGGUUGGCCUACGUUCGCAGCCUGGCGGAGUUCAUCUCCUCACCGCCAUUGGAUACGGAUGAAGAGGAUGGAGAAGAUAUCAAGAUGGAAGAUAUCGAUGAUCAACCUGACCAGUUUCCACUCGGUUGUAGUCUGGCUUCUUGGGUUGAGCAAAAUAUCGUCACCCCCCUUGUCGAUGGCAGGAGCGAGCUUAUCGAACGGGUCGUGCGAGAACUUGGUUCAUCUCAGGAGACAAAGGGCCGGGCUGAUGAACCAGAACUAAAGGACGACAAACUUCCUGCUCAAAUCGCGCUUGCGCAGAAUGUCCCGCCCUGCUGCGUUUGCGACGCUCAGACUCAUUCAACAACCGAUGUCACCGAGAGCGAGAACGAAUGGGCGGGCAAGGCAAUCGGAGUUGCCGCUGGAAUCAUGUCGACGCCAGCACAAACGAAGGCCGUCCUGGACUAUACUGCAAAGCUGAUCGUGCGGAUGCAGACUUCUGUGAAGACGGAAGAGCCGGAUGAUGGCGAGGAGAGCAAAUCGUUGCGCGAGCUGCGAUUAAAUCUGUUAGCUUUGGUUCGGCGUGCACCGAUGGACAUGAUUGCGAUGCUGCCCCCAGAGUUAAUAAAGGAGGACUUGAGGGCCCUUAUCCCGACCUUGCCGCCUCUGUCGUAUAUGUAG